AUGUCUUAUAAUCAAGGUUAUGGUAAUCAGCAAAUGAAAUCGGGUGGUGCAUACAACGACCCCACCAUCCAAACUGCACCCAACACGGGAUUCGAGCAGGCAUAUGGCACUGGCAACGAUGUAUAUGACAGCGGCAAUCCAGGAGGAGGAGCAGGAGCUUAUGGUACAACCCAGCAAUCGGGAACCGGAUAUGAUAGUGGAAAUGCCGUGAACACUGGUCAAAACGUGGGUGGCUAUGAUACUACUCAAUCGGCUGGUGGUGGCUACAACGAUACUAGCGGCUAUAACAAUAUGGGUUAUGACACCACACAAGCCUCCGGUGGUGGAUUCAAUGAUGAUACAGCAGGUGGCUACGGCGGUACGAGGACUGGUUAUGACACUACCCAAUCUUCAGGUGGUGGAUACAAUGAUGACAACAUUGGUGGUUAUGGUGGUAGUACUCAACAACAAGGAUAUGGUGGUGGUGCAGCUGCUCCUCAACAACAGGGGUUUGAUACUACUGGUGGUAAUGCCCAACAACAAGGAUUUGGGCAACAACAAGGAUAUGGACAACCACAACAACAACAACAACAAUCCUUUGAUCCAUCUCAGCAGACAUCAGAUUAUGGUCAACAACCACAACAAGCAGUUGGAUCUCAGCAUAGGCCAUCUGCUGGUGAAAAGAUCAAGGGAGGCCUUGAAAAGUUGGCAGGGAAGCUCACUGGUAAUCCAGCCAAAGCCGCUCAUGGUGAUGAUGUAGCUCAUGGACGUAACAUCAGCUUCUUCUUUGACACCACCAUUACCUCCAGCGAUCUCAAGGUCACAAUGUCGGAUGAAGACGCCACCCUUCCAUAUUCAAUAGACGACGAUGUUCACUCUUCAUUCGGCGAACAACACGAAUCACCAGAGACACGCAAUGUAGUGGAGGACGAUCAGGACGAUUCACGGGAGGAAAGUGGUCCGAUCGACAAUGAGCAACCCAAAGGACUCGGCGAUCCUCAAUACAGUUCUCGAUCACUGAACAGCACUGGAAGCGAUCUUAGCAAAUCACAUGAUGAUCAAUCACAGCCUAUCCUAUUAGCCAUGCGAGAUCAACUAGCAGCAUAUCCAUAUGGUCAACAUCUUGCAACACGACCAAAGAAUCAGUCCAAUGGAUCAAGCAACCUUUCUUUUGGAUUCGAAUACCCUGAAGUACAUGCAGCGGUCAAUGUCAUGAAGAGCAAUCACGGCGUCGUUUCACGAAUGGCAAUUGAUGACCCUCCAAUGCCUAUCGAAGAAAUCCCUGGUGUGAGGAGGGAGGACAUUGACAGGUUUAAGAAGAAAGAUGGCGAUGCUCGAGCACCUGAAGAGUUGAUGGAAGGAUCGGAUUUUCGUCGACGAGAACGACAUAAAGCUGAACAAUACAAGAAUGAGCAUUCUCAAAUGAAGAAAUACAACACAGACCCAGUCUAUAAGCCUUAUCCAGUUCCAGAGGAGGAUUCAAUGAUGAUGGAACCGCCUGCGAAACGACGACGAUACAGCCAUGGAACAAUGGAAGGAGAUUUUGGAUUGGGACCAGGAAGUUCACUGGGUCGAGCACUAAAGGAGAUUGAACAGCCACCGAAGAUGAGAAGAUACAACACACAGAGCACCAUUGUCAUAGAAUCGCUAGAAAGUGAGAGUAUCGAACCAGUCCUAUCUUCGGAUCUUAGUGGUCAGCAUUCCUCUUCAUUCGAAAAGCAGCCUUCUAUCGAUGAUGAUGAUGAUGAUGAUUAUGGUCAACGUCUUCGCCAAGCAUCCCCUGCAAGGAGUGAAGCUCCAGAUGUAGCAGCAGAGAAUGACAAGAUUGAUUUACAAUACUUGAGUAGCCUCGAGCCUAUUGAACCCGCAAUUGAAGAUCAACAUGCAAAUCAAGAAGAUGAUGCAGAGGAUGCUCAACAAGAAAAUCAAGAUGAAGGGACUCAACAAGAAAAUCAAGAUGAAGGGACUCAACAAGUAAAGCAAGAUGAGGAUGCAAAGGGUGAUCAACAAGCGCAACAAGAUGAGGAUGCAAAGGGUGAUCAACAAGCGCAACAAGAUGAGGAUGCAAAGGAUGAUCAACAAGCAAAGCAAGAUGAAGAUGGAAAGGAUGAUCAACACGCGCAACAAGAUGAGGGUGCAAAGGAUGCUCAACAAGCAAAGCAAGGUGAACUUGCCGAGGACGCUGUAUCAGCACCAGCACCAUCGUCGUCUCAGCAAAAAUCAAGCAACAAGAAAAGAAGCAAGAGCACAUCCCGAUCUUCAACAACAAAGCCGCAGCCAAUCGCAGAGAGAUUAAGACGACGCAAUCCUCCACAAAACAGGAUCUCUGUCACAUAUAGUAGCACGGUGAAAGAAGAUGAUAUCUUCAAUCAGUGGAAAAAACUUACCAAGUCGUCCAUUUACCCCACCAUAUCCGAAGCUGACACCAGUGAUUGGCAUCAAUGCAAUGUUAUGGUAUUCAAGGUCGACCCAUCCACCAAUAAACCAGCCCCAACAGCCAAGUACAUUUAUGCCCGGCUUGCAGAUAAGCCAAUUAUUUCCAUGGAAUGGCUUCAUGCUUCCGUUGAAGCGGACAUGAUACAAGAGUAUGCCAAAUUCCGGAUCUCUGAAGAGCCAGUACAGAAUCAUCCCCUGAAAGGCAAAUCCAUUUAUUUCGCAAUCCAACGACUCAAUGAGGAAGAUGCCUUAUACAAGAAAACAUAUCAGCGUCCUCUUGUGAAUGUUCUACAUGGCAAGCUUUUACGUAAAGAGCCCCAGGAGCCUGAUGCAAAUACGGUGGUCAUUGUCGAUGCGGGGAGCGAUUCAGCAGCCAAGUUUAAAGAACGAGGAAUUGCAACCAUGACACGUGACGAGUUGAGAGCAUCGGUUCAGUAA